CUGUCCCAUUUCCACCCACGCAACGGCUCACGCUGAAGGAAGUGUUUGAAGAUGGGAAACCCAGGCUUGAUGUCUUGAAGAGCCACCUGGUGAAGGAAGGGCGCCUGGAAGAGGAUGCAGCACUAAAGAUCAUCAAUGAUGGGGCUGCCAUUCUGAGGCACGAGAAGACGAUGAUUGAAGUGGAGGCUCCAAUCACAGUGUGUGGUGACAUUCAUGGGCAGUUCUUUGACCUGAUGAAGUUGUUUGAAGUUGGAGGAUCACCCAAUAACACUCGCUACCUCUUCCUGGGAGACUAUGUGGACAGAGGCUACUUCAGUAUAGAGUGUGUGCUGUAUUUAUGGAGUUUAAAGAUAAAUCAUCCCAAAACGCUGUUCCUGCUUCGAGGGAACCAUGAGUGCAGGCACCUCACAGAGUACUUCACCUUUAAACAGGAAUGUCGAAUCAAGUAUUCAGAGCGAGUGUAUGAUGCAUGUAUGGAUACAUUUGACUGUCUUCCUCUCGCUGCCCUCCUAAAUCAGCAGUUCCUAUGUGUCCAUGGAGGACUGUCCCCAGAAAUCACAUGUCUAGAUGACAUUAGGAAAUUAGACCGGUUUAAGGAGCCUCCAGCAUUUGGUCCAAUGUGUGAUCUGCUCUGGUCCGAUCCAUCAGAGGAUUAUGGCAAUGAGAAGACGCUGGAGCAUUUCACCCACAACACUGUUCGAGGCUGCUCCUAUUUCUACAGUUACCCCGCUGUUUGUGAAUUUUUGCAGAACAAUAGUUUGUUAUCUGUAAUCCGAGCUCAUGAAGCCCAGGAUGCCGGGUACCGAAUGUACAGGAAGAGCCAGACAACAGGCUUUCCAUCGCUAAUCACAAUCUUCUCUGCACCAAAUUACCUAGACGUCUAUAACAACAAAGCUGCUGUACUGAAAUAUGAAAACAAUGUCAUGAACAUCAGGCAGUUCAACUGUUCUCCACACCCCUACUGGCUUCCAAACUUCAUGGAUGUCUUCACAUGGUCUUUGCCUUUCGUAGGGGAAAAGGUCACAGAGAUGCUCGUUAACAUCCUCAACAUAUGCUCCGAUGAUGAAUUGAUUUCAGAUGGUGACGAAACAUUGGAAGGAGGCACAACAGUUCGUAAGGAGAUCAUCAGAAAUAAGAUCAGAGCCAUUGGGAAGAUGGCACGUGUCUUCUCAGUUCUUCGAGAGGAGAGUGAGAGCGUGCUGACUCUCAAAGGCCUGACUCCCACAGGUACGCUUCCCCUGGGAGUCCUCUCAGGUGGGAAGCAGACUCUACAGACAGCCACAGUAGAAGCGGUAGAGGCACGGGAAGCCAUCCGUGGAUUUUCACCACAGCACAGGAUCCGCAGCUUCGAAGAAGCUAGAGGGCUGGACCGCAUUAACGAACGCAUGCCUCCACGCAAAGAUUCAGUGCACCCAGACGGGCCGGUGAACUUGGUAACCUCAACAAACUCUGCGGAAAAGAACGGCACAGGGAAGAAAGCUCAGUAACGGUCCCAGGGCCCGAUGUGCACCACAAGAGGAUCCAAAACUUAAGGAAUUUUAUUUAUUUAUUAUGGGGGCAGGGUGGGGGUGUUGGGAGAAACAAACUUAACCUGGAGGCACGUUCAUAAUCCAGUUUGCAUCCAUUCUGUAAGAAAGGUGACCAUUUUGUAAUUUUUUUAUUUAUGUUCAAUAUAUAUAAAAAAAUCCAUCUUUUUUUAAUUUAGAAACCGAUCUAAUUGCUAGUGCAUAUAUGAAGUGUUGUGCUGUACAGCUCACCUCUCCCCCAGCAAGAGGGGGAACUCCUGGGGAAUUUAAAAAAAAAAAUGCCCCCUGCCC